AUGGCGGCAUCUGUGUUCACUUUCUCCUCUACUUCACGAAGGGUAGUUCCUGCCCCAAACUCUCCUCCUCUUCCUAUAUACAUCAAAGCCACCAACGUUGUUUUCAACCCUGAUAUUCCCGAUGUUCAUCGAGGUCUUGGACUCGAUGAUUUUGUUAAUUUCUUGGCCUCCUGCCGCCUACGAUACGCUAUCAGUGACAUUCCAUCAGAGUUCUUCCCUGAACAAGUCUGUGAAUUCUACUACACCGCAACAGUCAAUGAUGAAAACAAUGUCAUCACCGGGACCAUUGGCCGUGGAAGACACUCUGUCUUUAUUACAGCAGAACUUCUCAGUGCUGCACUCAGGUUACCUAUCUUUGAACCAUUCUCUGAACUUCCUUCUAUUGAACGUUCUCGACGUCUAUUCGAUCAACUGGGAUAUGAUCACUCAAAGGCUGGUGCUUGA